CCUUCCAGGGAACUCCGUCUCCAUGGCGACGGUAAACAGGUCCGUCAGUGCGACUUACACACAGGUGACACACGAAACCACACGCUCAUAUCAUAUGAACAUUUUACACACACUCUGAUAACACACACACACACACACACACACACACACACUGGACAGGACAGAUGGCGGAUUCACAGCGAACAUCUGAACCCAUCAACUCAGUGCAUCAAGAUGAACUCUGGAAAGCACGAGUCAACGCCGAGAGGCAGUCAGCUAGAGACUGGCCCAAAAAGUGGGGCAUCCUUACCGAGGCCUACGAGGAGUACGAGAGGGAGUCUAAGAAGCUGAACGAGGAGGCCAGAAGGAAGCUUCCCCAAGACCCAGCAGCACAACCACCGACCCCUGUAGAAGAACACAUCGACGUAUGAUCUCUAUCUAUCUAU